AUGACGGACCAUUAUUGGCAGCUUUUGCCAAUAUUUCAGCGAAAUAAAUUCACAACUUUAGCAAAUCAUGUAAAUAGCAUGAAUCCAAACUAUACUGUUCAUAGGGAUACACUUGAUAGAAUUUCUCAAAUACCUGAACGACAGGAAACAAAUAAUGAAUUUGAGGACAUGUUUUUUCACGGAACUAGCUUUUCUUGA